AAAAUUCACGACUCACAGUGACGUGUGUACGUGAAGUGAUAUUGGGAAGAAUUGUGGUCUUGUUAGCAAACGCAAGAAAAUAUACAUUUGUUUACUUUGAACAUCUUUUGUGUCGUAUAUUUAAAAUAUUAUUAAAAGCGCGAUACCAUAUUUGUCGGGCUUACCUGUAGUUAAAUAAUCAUGGAUAGUGCACCUUGCGUAUUUUUAGGCAUCAAAGUAAAGCCGGGGCCUAUUGAACGGUUUAAAUUAGAAAACUUCGGCCUCGAUAACACUGUAGAGAACCUAAAAAUUGAGGCCGAAAAGAAGUCUAACGUGCCGUCUGCAUCUUUGGAAUUAAUUCACCAUGGAAAAAUUCUCAAACCCGAAGCCACAUUGCAAGACUCUGGGGUAAAGAGUGGUGAAAUGGUGCAUGUUGUCAAAAAGAAAGUCCCGGCAGCUGCUCCUCCGCCUCCCACUUACUCGGAUGCUGAGUUGCAACAGAUAGCUAACUCGCUGAGAACUUUGGGAUGCACACCCAAUGCUCCGGGGUGGACUAGGGCUAUGCAGCUUUUAAACGACGAAUCAGCCAUGAACGAAAUCCUCGAACACGCCCCAUCACUCAGAGAGGAUUGCGUCACACUGUCAAUGCUACAUGAAGUGGAACUACUGGCCGCGUUGGGCGCUAAUGUAAGCACGAUGAGGCGAGCCGCCAACGCACACCCGGAUUUGCCGGCGGCCCUAAGGCAUCUUACAAGGCUGGUGCAUACCAGAGCCAAUACUUCUACUGCUAAUGACAAUGUGCCAACAUCAGGUUUCGCGUAUUCUCUUGAAGCAUUGUCUGAAGAUGAAGACGCAGAUGAAGAAGAAAACGAGGAUGGGGAAAGGAAUACCAUUACUCAAGAACAGUUCGCUGCUGCGUUGCAGGCCGCGACGGAGGCGGUUUCUGCAUCGUCGAGCCGCGGCGGGGGCGGGGUCGGGGUCGGGGGCGGGGGUGGCGCCGGACAGGACUCCCUGCUGCGCCUGCUGCAGGCCGCCGGCGCCGGCGCCGGCUCCGGCCGCACUGAUACCAACGAAGAAGCACCCGCUACCGGUUCGGCUACAGGUACCGGUCGCGCUGUGAUCACUUCGGAAAUGUUCAGCGAUGCCAUUUCGGAGGCGUUCAACCGGACUGGCACAGGCAACAGGCCCUCUGGCACGCCUAUGGAGCAAAGCACUGCGGCAUCCUCUUCUGCGAGUCCCGUGGGAGAGGACUUCUCCACGCAGCUGACUCGGAUGCACGAGAUGGGAUUACUGGAUGACGCACUCAACGUUCGCGCGCUACUCAUCUGCUCGGGCGAUGUCAACGCAGCUAUCAACCUGGUGUUCAGUGGCGCUAUUGCAGACGAAUAGGUCCUUUGGUCUUACAUAACCAGAUAAUAGAAUGCAAAAAUAUGGCACAGCCACUUAUAGAUUUCAAUAUCGCUAUAAAUCCAGACCUAAAAGUCAACCCUAGACCCAUCAAACCCCAUGCAAUAGAGCCAAAAAUCGACCUUGUUAAUAACAGUUAGAAUUUCAUUUGAGGCUCUACGUUCGUAAGCUAAGCUAAUCUGGGACUGGGCUGGUCACGUCUGCCGAAUGAGUUCUGGGGCAAAAUCGCCAGAGUGGGAGCCCGAAAACUCAAAUCGGGGACUUGGCAUACCCCGCCGGCGAUGGUGAACUAGACUAUUUUUUGAAGGAGUGGCCAGACACAGCAUUGGACAGAGAUCUGUGGAGAAAUUGGGGGAGGCCUUGGCCCAGCAGUGGGACACGUAAGGCUCCAAAUAAUAAUUACGUUCGAGUCGAUGGGGUUGUAGGGGUUAUGGCCAAAAUGAUCUUCAGUCAACAGGUUUAUGAAGCCUUUACUUUUUAUUUGUGAUUUUGUUUUGAUAAACCAUGACGAAUUAGUUCGGAAUGAAUAAAAUUUAAGUGAAACAAUAUUGAUUUUUAAUCGAAUUUAAUUAAUACCUGUAAAUUUUGAAGAUUGCUUAAAAUUAAAUAUCACUGGAUGUACGAAUCCAUAAGGGCAAGUGUAAAUAAUACCUACAAAAUAAACUAAUACUAUUUA